CUCCUGGACAUCUGUAGAUCUUUCAGUUGAAAAAUGCUCCUCGGUUUACUACAAAGAGAAACCUCUGCCAUAUUGGGAAAGAGGCACCUUCCUCUCUACAGCUCCCCCUUUUCGGGGAGGAAUGUAACUCUCCUGCUGCUUCUCUCCUUCUCUUUGGAGCAGACAUUCGCAUCGCUAUACAAAAGAGUGGCAAAGAAACCAGGAACGUGCCCCAAAGAGAGGCUCACCUGUAGGGCUAAAGUUCAAGACUUAUGCAAAACGGAUUUCAGCUGUGAUGGAUUUCUGAAGUGCUGCUCUUUUGCCUGUGGGAAGAAGUGCAUGGAUCCCUACGAAGAACCCUGCAUGCUACCCUUAGACCCAGGAAACUGUAAGAAUAUGACACAGCACUGGUAUUUUGACUUAAAAUAUAAUUUGUGCAAACCCUUUAAGUAUGGAGGUUGCCAAGGAAAUGCCAACAACUUCUUCAGCAAAGAAGACUGCAUGAAGGCUUGCUCAUUAACUGACAAGAAAGGACUGUGCCCACUCUUCCCUUUCAAGAACCGGAUGGAGUGUUCACCUUUGUGUAAGAGUGACAAUGAUUGCCCUGAAACUGAAAAAUGUUGUGACUCCGUGUGUGGCUUUGUUUGUGUCACUCCCUGGAAAGUCAAAACAGGUCUCUGUCCACAAAAGCUCACAUGUCCCAAGAUUGAUAAACCCAAGUGCUUGAUAGAUGAGGAUUGCCCAUUGGAAGAGAAGUGCUGUUUACAUUGUGGACUAAAGUGCCUGGAACCUAGAGAUUAG